GAUAUAAGUUUGUUUGGACAUAUAUGAUUUUAUUAUUCUUUUCUAUCAUUUCAUCACUUGGCACUUCUUUUUUCUAGUAUUUUAGAUGCUAAUAUAACUAGUUAUGUCUUUUAUUUAUGUAGUGAAUCUUUUUUCUUGUUUUGCAAACAAGAUUUCGUGUCUGUCAACCAUCUUUGAUAUCAUGGUCUGUGCUAAUGUUAUCCUCUCUGACCCUAUUCUCACAUGCCGUAUUUCAUAUUGUUUUGGUUAUUGAGGGGGAUCAAUGGAGUACUGUUGAUGCUCAGUGGGCUCAGCUGAUUGGACUUAUAAGCUUUGCAAUUCACAGGUAAGUCACAUCACAUGAGAAUGUAGUUGGUCAGUUUUUCACGAGACAAAGUUCUCCCAAACACUUCAACAUGGCUUCUUCAGCUAUGGAAACCUGCAAAUCAGAGGAUUUGCACAUGCAGGUUGACAUUGAGAAGAACGCGAAGGAUAUAAGGUCUCAGUGGGUGCUUAACGCUCAUGAGCCCCCAAGUCCAUGGCGUGUGGUUGCAGAUUCUGUGAGCAAAACUAUCUCCCACUAUAAACAUAAACUUUCCUCUCUCAUAGAUCAACCCUGCACCACACUCCUCCUUUCAGUUCUGCAGGUGGUUUUUCCAAUUCUUGCUUGGGGCAGAAACUACACUGCUACUAAGUUCAGGAAAGAUCUUCUUGCAGGUCUCACUAUUGCUAGUCUUUGUAUUCCCCAGAGCAUUGGGUAUGCCACCUUGGCACAUCUUGAUCCUCAAUAUGGCCUUUAUACAAGUGUGGUACCACCACUUAUCUAUGCUGUAAUGGGAACCUCGAGGGAGAUAGCAAUUGGUCCAGUGGCAGUGGUUUCUCUUUUGUUAUCCUCAAUGAUGGAGAAAUUAGUAGACCCUGCUACUGAUCCAGUGGGUUAUACAAAGCUGAUUUUGCUUGCUACUCUCUUUGCUGGUAUCUUUCAGACUUCCUUCGGACUCCUCAGACUUGGGUUCCUUGUGGAUUUCCUAUCCCAUGCUGCAAUAGUUUUGGAACCAGAUUCCAAUUCACCAUUCAUGGAACCCUCGAAAUUUUAUCUUGGGAUGCUCGUUCUUGGUCUUCAUCCUAACGACGAGAUUUUUGGUAGGCGAUAUAACUGA